CUUAUAGAAUGUGUUGAUCACUAGGGUUAUUUAUUUUCUUUACUUUACUACUAUUGGUUCUCUUCUCUUACUCGAGGCAGUCACUAAAAUGCGGCCAUCUUUGCAAUUGCUCGCUAGCGUAUCCCGCGGCCAGUCGUCGAAGCUUAGGAAGCCGGCAAUGAGUUUGGACCAUUUCAUCCAAAGGCAGCGAGUUCUCGGGUUCUGGAGGGAGAUUACCCGAGCAUUACAUAAAAUCCCCAAAUCGUCGACACGGGACGAAUUGCGCAGUUACGCUCGCCAUGAGUUUGAGCGCCACCGCAAUAUAACAGAUUUGCAACAUAUACGGUACUUGCUUUCGACAGGGAAAUCGGAGUUUGAGAUGAUGAGACGGUACAUCGAUGAACAGGCCUCUCGCUAAGUUGCCUGUGAUUGUUUCGAGUUUCUAAUAUUAGAUUGAAGCCUAUGAGUUUUAAACGGAUCUAUCGGCACAUGCCCAAUACGCAGGGCGAUGUGCCAAGAUGCAAUGUAUAGUGUGACUAUAAGGAGCUACGGAGAUGA